AUGCUACAAGAAGAUUUCAAUGAUGAUAGAUUACCCAUGACUGGUCGGUUAACACCGAUCGGUGGUGCUUCAUCCGAUACUGAAUUUGGAAGAAGUGUUAAUGAAGAAGUGAAUGAAAAAUUAAUUUUACUUGAAGAACAUGAACGAUUAAAUUCAUCACUUGCAGCAUUAACACGUCAUUUUGCACAUGUACAAUUACGUCUUCAACAAGUUGUUGGUGCACCAACAACUGAAGAUCGCGAAAGUUUACUUUUAGAAUUACAUGAAUUUGCUUCAAGUGGUAUACCUGAUGUUAUGUGUCAAUCAUCAAUGUAUACAAAUGACUGUACAAAUGAAGAAUUAAUUGAGAAUGAAAAAUGUCGUGAAAAAGAAUUUAUCAGUGAAUUAAAACAGAAAUUAGAUGAAUUAGAACGUUAUGCAGCUGCAUCUGGUUCAUUAGAAGGUGCACCAACAUCUGUAACGAUGGAAAAACAACGUGUAUUAAUUGAUCAACUACGUACAAAACUUGAUUUACAAUUUGAUGAUGCUGCAGUUUCGAAAUUAUCAGCGGAAGAAUUAAGAAAACUUGUCGAUCAAGCUAUUCAUCAGUUAACCAAUCCAGUAAAACUAAAAGAAAAUUUGAUAACUCAAAUGCGUACACAAAUAAAUGAUCUUGAAAAAUUUAUUGAAUUUCUCAAAGCUGAUUCUGCAAAUGCAGCAGCAGCUGCUUCUUCUCUUUCACCAAACGAUAUGAAAAGCAUCGAACCAUAUAAAUCAUCACCAAAUAAAUCAAAUCCAACAACAAUGAAUUCAUUUAAAAUGCAUUCGACAACAAAUAAAUUUUCUAAUGAAAAUCGUGCAAAUUUUUCUCAAACAAUGAAAAAAGUUGUUGUAUUAACUCAACUAUAUACAUUUUUAUUAUUAACAUGUGGUACACGUACUAUGCAAAAGAAAUCAAAUCAACCGACACCUAAUAUGAAAAAAGAUAUUGUCGCAAAAAAACAUUUUGGUGAUCUUCGAGCAAAACUUGAAGUAGCAAUCGAUAAAGUUCUUAAUGCAAUACGAUUAACAAAUACAUUUACACGACACAAUCAUGGUUAUACAGAUGACGAUGAUGAAAAUAAUUCAUCAUCAGUUACAACAAGUGAUAAUGAUGACGAAGAUUAUGAUCAAAAUGCUGUUGUUCUAGCUGUUAGACAAGAUCUUGCACCAGCUCUUCGUGCAUUAUUGGAACAUGGUCUAUAUGAAACAAAUUAUUCAACAUCUUUAGCUGUUUGGGGUUGUUUUGCUACGAGAGCUAGUCACGCAGCUACAAAUGAUACAAUGCAUGCUUGGAAAUUAUUUUUAAAAUUUUAUGAAAUGAAACGUGGAAAUGAAUUUGCAAAUAGUCCAGCUCGUAAACUUUCCGAAUCAUUUUCACUCGAUGUUAUUGGUGGUAAACCGAUUACAUUAAAACAAUGUCUUCUAAGUGGUAUUGAUAAUAUUGUUAAAUUACAUGAAAAACAUAGUAAAUCAAUGGAUAGUUGUUUUAAAUCUUUUUUAUGUUAUGCAUUAAAUGAAAAGAAACUUGUUUCAUUUCUUCGUAUUAUUCUCAAAACAGUUCCAUUAGUAGAAAAUUAUUAUCAACCUUGGAGUUAUACAAAAACAACAGGUUUUAAUGAUGCACUUCAUUCACUUGAUCGUUUAGCUACAGUUGAUUUUCAUUUACCAAUAAAUGUAUCUGUUCGUCGUUUUAUGAAUAAUCGAGAUCUAAUUGAAUAA